AUGGCAUCCGGAAACGCAAUCAAGCCCAUAGACAGAGAGUCUGUCCACAGGAUAUGCUCCGGACAGGUCGUUCUCGACAUGGCAACCGCCGUCAAGGAGCUCCUCGAAAACAGCCUCGACGCCGGAUCAACAUCCAUCGUGGUCAAGUUCAAGCAGAGUGGGCUCGAGUACAUCACUGUCACCGACAACGGCUGCGGGAUCACUGAUGCCAAUCUCGAAACUCUCGCAUUGAAACACUACACGUCGAAGCUCAGCUCGUUCAACGACCUGGCUAACGUUCGUUCUUUUGGUUUCAGAGGAGAGGCCUUGUCGUCCCUCUGCGCACUCGCCCAUGUCACCGUCACAACCUCGACCGGUACUGCCCCAACAGGUUUCUUGGUUGAAUACAACUCGGACGGCCUCAUCCAAUCCAAAACACCUGCCCCAAUGACAAAAGGCACCAUCGUCAAGAUCAGCAAUCUGUUCGAGGGCAUGCCUGUCCGCAGGAGCGAGUUUGUCAAAAACAUCAAGCGAGAGUACAACAAGUGCAUCGGACUCGUCCAGGCAUAUGCCUUGAUCGCCACCAACGUCAGAGUCAGUUGCAUCUCUCAGCUCGACAAAAACGGGAAUGCGACGGUCAGACAAAACAUCAUCAACGUGUUUGGACCCAAGGCCAUGCCGGAUCUAGUCGAUUUUGAACUGAAGCUUGUCGAGGGAAAACUAAAGUCACCCUCGAACAACGAACGGACCAGCAGCGACGGAGAGCAGGAAGGAGGCGACGGUGACGACCAGGAUGACGACGAGCAGGACCAGGACAUCUUCUUGACUGGUCACAUUUCAUCCCCAAGUUUCGGAAAAGGGAGAUCUUCCACCGAUCGUCAAUACCUAUUUAUCAAUGGACGGCCCUGUGUUUUGCCCAAGAUCGCUCGUGUCAUCAACGAGGUCUACCACUCUUUCAACACCAACCAAUCGCCCUUCCUCGUCGCCAACCUCAUUCUGCCCACAGCAGCCUAUGACGUCAAUGUCAGUCCCGACAAGAGGACCAUUUUUCUCCACAACGAGCGCAGGAUUGUUGAGGAACUGCGGAACAAGCUGACGGAACUGUUUGAGCCUAGCCGGUCGACGUUUGCUGUCAGUCAAGCCAGCCAACUCGCCAAGAAGCCCGACCUCACUGCCCGUUUAAAGUCGAGCGCAGCUUUCAGCCCACACGAUGGUGGCGAAUCACGGGAUGAAGACGAAGACAUCGAGGGGAAGCAUGAGGACGAGGAUGAGUACUUGGGCAUAGUGCGAGACCAUUCAACCAUAGCUUCAAAUCGUCGUCCAGCGACUGCUCGCGUCGAAACCGUCACCUUGACGUCUCUCUCCAAAACAAGCUCAGCUCCGAGACCUUCGCCUGACUCUACAGCCACGAUGGCAACGAAACUUCAGCAAACAACCCUCACGGAAAGGAUGCGUGUCGGCGAAUCGUUGGAUAGUCGGAAACGGAAAUUAAGCGAACAUGCCUCCGGAUCUGAAGGAGAAGAAGAGCCCCUAUUCAAUCUCCGUGCGGCGCGAAGGAUCGAUCAAGCUUUGGUUGAGAAGAAGGUGGCUGAAGGGGAAGGAUCGAAAUGGAACCAGGACGAGGAAUCACCAUUGGAUCGUCGAACAGAAGGACCUCCCGGUAGCCCCUUGGACGUGCUGGAAACGUAUGACCCCCUGGACGACAAGAUCCGUGAGGAAGAGGACAAUGUCAGUGACAGCGAGGAUGAUCUUGAUCAAUUCGCCAAUCGCCUACAGUUUACGAAGCCGCAGCGUGUUGUUGUCCUGGACUCGGUGGUCAGAGAUGAUGGCGAUCGUGAGUGGAUCGAAGUUGGAUUUGAUAUGGAUGAGCAUCGCAGGAAACGAGCUUUGCGGAUGAAUAUUUUGCAGGAAACUAGGCGCCUAGAACAACAGCGCGCAGUUUUGCGGAAAGAGAGGGCCAAGGCUCGAGCCUUGGAGUUACAGCGCUCUGCUCCAGCAACGGGGGAGACGUCCACUCGUGGUCCUGAAGAGCAGGCGGGAGAAAACGAGGAGGGAGAUAUGGAAUCUGAGGAUUCACAACGAGCACUUCGACGGAGUCGGCGCCUAAGAAGUCAAAAGUUGUCUGACGCCAGUUUUGCAAACACGGACGAUGACAAGGCUCAGCAGUCUCUCAGCAGAGUCAUCUCCAAGGUGGAUUUUCAGAGGAUGAAGGUCCUUGGGCAGUUCAACAAGGCCUUUAUUGUGGUGCGACUCGACAACUAUGCCAACACGGAGCAGGACAACAACGAGCGUCAAGAGACAACUGGAUCCAAGCGCCAUCACCGACGUGGGACACUUCUCAGCUCGGACAUUUUUGUUAUUGACCAACACGCGUCGGAUGAAAAGUACAACUUUGAGACCCUGCAGGCCAAGACCGUGUUUUCGACACAGCGACUGUUUCAACCCAAAAAACUGCAUCUGACAGCCCAGGAGGAGAUCACGGUUGUAGAUCAUAUGAAGGUGCUCAACAUGAACGGCUUCUACCUCGACUAUGAUCCUCAGGCCCAAGUCAGUCAUCGACUCCAGUUGGUGACGCUACCGGUGAGCGAGAAAGUCGUUUUUGAUCUGCAGGAUUUCGAGGAACUUGUGUUUUUGCUCUCGCAGCAGACAACAUCCUCGUAUGGCAGCCUGGAGGGCGAAGGUGAUGACGAUGAGUGUGAGUCAGGACAUCAUCACAAGCACAAGCUACAUUCACCUCAGGACAAGAUGGUUCGAUGCUCCAAGGUGCGGGCCCUUUUUGCGUCGCGGGCCUGUCGGAGGUCGGUGAUGAUUGGCCAUGUGCUGAACCACACGCAGAUGAAGCGCAUCGUCCGGCAUAUGGGCGAGAUAGACCAACCAUGGAACUGCCCGCACGGUCGUCCUACAAUGAGACAUCUUUUGGACUUGGCGGAGCUGGAGAUGCAGGAGAGGUGGGCUCAACGUGGAGAACAGCACGGUGAGGGGUCUCGCGCGAAUGACGAGGUUGAUGACGAUGAAGAGCCCCGUGUUGUGAACAUGGGCCAAUCCGGUGCCUUUGAUCCUGUUGCAGUCAAGCGACCUACACGCCAUCAAGGCAGCCUAUUCAAACAGUCCGAGUACUGGAAAUCAAAUGCAAAGUUCUUUUGCCGCUUCUGCAAGAUCUACAUCACCGACAACAAGUCUACGAGGAAUAUUCACGACCAAGGAACGAAGCACAAGGAGAAUGUGGAACGAUUUUUACGCGAGCAGAACCAGCGUGGACGUGACAGGGAUGUUGAAUCCGCCAGGAUGGACAAGCAAAUGGAUGCCAUCGAAAAGGCGGCGAUGAAGCAAUAUCAACUGGAUGUGGAAGCGGGGCUGGUACAACCCUUGGCAGCAAUGAAGGCGGCGCAAUCAGAAGCAACUUUAUCUGCGGCCAAGUCAUCAACAAAAAAUUCGGAACCUACCCCUACAGGACUGCUUAAGGUGUCCUCUACUCCAACACCAGCACCGGUGCCAGAAACAACGACAACAGAAACAGCAACAGCGAAUGAAUCGGGAGAAGGAAAGACGGACGUUGGAUCGGGUACUGAGAUUGUUGCAGCACCCGAGCCUGUGAAAGCCAAGAAGGACGAGACGAUUGGCCAGGCAGGAGAGUGGGAGACCGUGGAGGCACCACCGGCACCCAAGACUUCACAACAGAACAACAAGGAUUCCAAUGGUGUUAUAGUGGAUGAGGACGAAGAUGUGGCGGGCAACCCUGAGGACCUGCGGCGGUUCAAGAUUGUAGAAAAGACGUAUCCAUUGGACGAUGAUGAUCUUGCGGGAGAGGGAGAGGGCGUGGGUGGCGGGUCAGCAGUGUUUAAGAAGAGGAAAGGCGGCGUUGGCAAGCCGAGGAAUAUCCGACGCAAGCUGUGA